AUGAGUUCGAACGAGGAUAGCUCUUCCUCCGCUGAGAGCGACGAGGACAGCUCUUCCUCGGGCGGUGAGGACGACGAGGACCUGGAUUUCGAAGCGAAGCACGCGCGUGCGCUGAAAAAAUGGGGCAUUAGCGAGGUGGCUACGAGCGAGAAAAAGGACAAGCGAGAGAAGCAGGGGCCGAAGGAGCCCAAGCGUGUCUCCAAGACGGUGGCGGAGAAGGAUGCAGAACGCGAGGCGGCCAAGAAGUCGUGGCGCGAUGAAAUCGAGCACUUGCCGGAAGAAGCGAUUUUGAGUUUACUUCAGGAAUUAACGCAGCAGCGCGUGAAACGUUCUAGCGAACGCAGCGAGCAGCAGGAUAUGCUGCGAGAGGCGGCAAACGUAGCACGGCAGCGACAGAUGCCCCGGUUGUUGAUAGAGUCCUUGCGGGGUGUGGUAGGUGCUGCGUUGGAGCACAGUGCGUCUAUGACAUUGAGUGCUCCGAUGUGGCGUCGUACAGCGGAGGACGUGAUGGAGUUGUAUGUUGAAUUGUGUCAGCAUCAAGACAUCACUUUCAUUACGAAUGAGGGUUCGCCGGCCGCGGCAAUUGCGGGUUUCGUGGAUCGAUUGCAGUCGUCUUUGUUUAAGAACAUACGCAAUGGUGACAGCGCGAGCGAACAGUUGCUACCGGACCUACAGCGUCUGUUGGUUGUGGCUCAUGCCUAUUUGGUGAAUGCCGAAGCUGAAUUCGCGAUUACUGGUCGUGCUCUUGAGAGCAUUAUAGCGCACACUUAUUAUAUGGAGAACGAGAUUGCAGCCAAUCGAUGGCGGGUUGUGCUUGAGGGUGUACCGGCGGUGAUUAAGAAGUACCUUGUUCUUACUUUCGAUGGUAAAGCUAAUAACACCGAAUGGAUAAAACGUGCGGCGCACGAGAUUCUGCGUAUGAGACUUCAGGACGCGAAAAUUGGAUUUUACGCGACGUGUUACUUCAUUCAAAAUCGCGCGAUUAAUGGCUACGUUGAGGAAGCGCGCGAUGUGUUGGCGAACACGCCUCUUUUCGAAUUAGCUCAGACGCUCGAUGUGGCGCAACAAAUUCAGUAUAACCGCGCUAUUUGUCAAGUGGGUCUGGCCGCUUUUCGACAAGGAAACGCAGCUCUGGCGGCGCCAUUUUUGAAUGAGAUUUGCGCCAAUGGUAAACACCGAGAAUUGCUCGCUCAAGGUGUGGCCAUUGUAAAGGGUUUCGAGAAAUCACCGGAGCAAGAGAAGUCAGAGAAGCGCAGACUAUUACCCUCAUAUCUUCACAUCAAUCUGGAUUUAAUUGAAUCCGCUUUUAACAUCUGCAGCAUGCUUGUGGAAGUACCCUAUCUUCGCAUGGACCUAAGACCUGGCGCGGAGAAACACACCGGAAGCAAGUCACUUCGGUUCAGAAGAAUACUUGAGUACACGGAAAAGUCCUGCGUCCCACCUGAGACGAAUCGUGAGAUUGUGUUUGCGUGUGCCCGUAGUCUCCUUGUUGGUGAUGAUGAAAAGGCCAUCGAACUCUUCAAAAGCCUCAAAUUCUGGGCAACCUAUCCAUACCGAGAAGAAGUUCAGACUAAACUCAUUCAAAAAUUUAGAGAAAUUGCCCUCACUUGCUAUGUACAAAAGUACGCUAGUAUAUACAGCUCCAUGUCAGCCAAUGACCUCAGCGAGCUGUUCGAACUGCCCGCCAGUGAAGUCUAUGCACAAAUCUCUAGGAUGAUCCUCCGCAAGGAACUCAACGCAUCCUGGGAUGGCUCCGGAGACAUUCUAUAUAUCCAGGAAAGUGUGUGCACACCAUUACAAUCGUUGACACUUAAUAUGCUCAAACCGCUGGAAACUCUAUUUGAAAGCAACCAACAAGCUCUUGCCAUCAGGAAAUAA